UCGUCACCUCCAGGCUCCUCAGGCUUCCUACGGUGCCCGAACCCCUCCUGGAGGCACUCUACGGAAUAUAGUUGUUUCAGGGGGAUACAUCGUCGGACGGGCAUUUCUACUUUCCUUCUUGCAGACUCGUCACCCAGGUGGUCCUGGUCUUGUUAUUUAACUACGGGACAGUCUCAGAUAGCCUGAAAUACACCGGCUGACAUUUGAAUACGCCGUACAUCGCUUGCAGAUACCUGCCAGUGCCUGUGUUCAAGUUCGAGUUGUACAAUAAAAUCAAUGCCAAGCCCAAAGUUGCCGCUGGCGGGAUUCAAGUUGAGUUCAAGUUGAUAUGAGACUAGAGCGCAGCGCAGGCAACGCGAGACGCAAAAAUUGAAUCAACCUCAAGACGCGUUGUAUUCACAGCAAGAUCAAAAGUCCCGGGCACUUUUUCAGCCUCGCUUCGCUCAUCCCAAUCUCCUACCAUCCCAUCACACCAAGCGGCCGGUCUUUGUCACGGCCCUAGCCAGUCCUAUUUUGUUGAUCAGAACUUCCUGUGAUCCCUGUACCAGCGGAAUCAAUGCCUUGAUCCUUUUCACUGAAGUUGAGCCACCCUGGCUACUGGACCUUUCGCUCGACAAGAGCUCUGUCAGAAGCGAAACUCAUCCUCACAUCGGAUUUUGAGGACUCGACCUCAGUAUCCUUCGAAAGGGUGUCGUUGAUCACUUCUUGGUGGACCUUUCUACAAAAGCCGCCAUCGUACCAAUCCACUAUCAAACUUUCCGAGCAUGAAGGCUCGGUGACCACUAUCAUUCGAAUAUUCCCUUCUUUUCGUCGAGUCCUCGGUAAUUCCGACUAUCUCACAGGCGGAAAGCUACGAAAAGAAUCCCCAAAACGCUUAGCCACCCUUGGGCCUGGCCGGGUUCUCGAAGAAGCGUCCUGUUCUUCCAAUCACGUGACAAGGCGACAAGAUGGCUCAAGCCAGGCUUCAUUCAUCACCUCUUCAAGCUAGAAGUAGCCCAAGGGGUCGAAGGAAUGAUGAUAGCCCUUCGAGACAGAUCCAGUUCGAACUGGAACGUGCAUUCAGCCAAAUUCAUCUACACGAGGUGGAACGCCAAAAACUGCAUGUGUAUCAGCGAAGGCAGCAGCAAGAGGAACUCGACGCCAAAGAGCUUGCUCAGGCAGAGGUGCAUCUAGCCGAACUGAGUGUGGCCAACGCCAAACAUGAUGGGGUCCGCCAACAGGCCGAAGCUGUACUUCACGCAUAUAUCAAACAGCAGGAAGAAGAAGAGAGGCGUCGACGGGAAGAGGAACGGAAGAGACUAGAGGAGGAAGAGAGGCGAAAACAGCAAGAGGAACUGGCACGGAAACGAGCCGAGGAGGAGCGAAAAGCCAAGGAAGAAAAAGAACGUCGCGAACGAGAAGAGCAAGCUAAAGCGGAGGCCGAACGACAGGCUGAACUCGAAAAACAGAAGGCUGAGGCGGAAGAAAGGCGCCGGCGAGAAAAUGAAGCUGCCGAGAAGAAACAGCGCGAAGAAAAGCUAAAGGCGGAGCAGGAGGCUGUUCUCCGAAAGCAAGAAGCCGAGAAACAAGCUGCUGCUGCUGCCGCUUCCACUCAAACAACAGCGCCCACUCCUCAGAGCACAUCUCAGUCUCCCGCUACGUCACCCGAUCUAGAGGCGCUCCAUCGAAACUAUUUGGCCAUCCACAAAAAGCUCAAAGAAUUCCGGAAAGGCUUUUGGGAGCAGGUGAAGAAGGAUCCAAACCUGAAACCACAUGUAGGGGACAUGCGUCGAGCGAUGCGCACGAGCGUGGGGCAGUUGACCGACGACAAGAUUGGGAACAAGAAAGCGCAUGAACGAGUGAAAACAACCUUGCUCAGGUCAUUGACGGAAAUCCCAUCGCCGCCCGUUUCGGUCAACGACUACCUCCCCUCACCAUUCUCUCUGCACGACGACGGUCGGACCACAGUUCCAUCACUUGUUCUCUAUCUCCUCUCUUUUUUCAGCAAAGCCAUCAUCAAUGCCUUCGUCGGGGAGUGCGCGGUGAACCCGAAGGCAGCCGAGCCUAUUGGCACUCUAGUGGCACAGAUCUUCUCGAUGCCCGAAUUGCAAUUUGCAAGAAACGUGCCGUCGAACAAUGGCAGAUCAACGACUGUAUCCCUCAUCUCAGUGUUGAUGUGCAAAUUCCACGCCACAGCUCCUAUCCUCUUCGGCAUAUACGGCCCAGAAUCUACAUCCGCUGGUAGGAUGCGUCUGGGAUGGCGUCUGGAGAAGUUGUCCGACGACCAGAAGGGCUUUGUCAGCGAGAACAAACAGUAUGACCGUCUGACGGGGUUAGGGGUUGGCUACGCGUCGAUUGCCUUGCGCAACUUUGCGAAAGCAAAAGUCCAAAACCCUUGGCCUCCCACCAAUUACUGGUCAAGUCUUGCACAUAUUGUCAAUACGCCUCCCGACCAGGUGCAGAUGAGUCAUCUGAUCGUCUUGAAGUCAAUGCUCGAACACAACGCUAUCGAUCGUUUUCUCCUGUUUUUCGGCGCCGCAGGCAUUGCAGCCUUGCGUCAAGCAGUGGUUGACUUUCCUCGCUCGCUGCCUCGAGAACUACAAGAAAAGCCCGUUGCCAAGGCUCUGGGGUUGAUGGUGGAAGCCUGGAAGAAAGAGAAGCAUUUCUCACUCGAUUAGACUGAGCAGAGCAUUGCAGACCAAUUUGGUCAUUUCACGCAUGGAGGCAAAGAAAUGCAUUUUCCCACAGUACUGCUGCGAUGUAAGAAUGAGAGUUGUGUUUGUGGCUACAGAUACCCAAGGAAAAUACCACCAGGAACGCCGCAGGCUGUGAACUGAAUGUAACUUUUCUCACGGGGAGAAUGUGUGUGUAGAUAGAUACAAUGAACGCAGUUCUGCUUUGAAAUCCA